GUAGGAUGUUAUGGACCUCACUUGUGAAGCAUCUGAGAUUGGCAGAUGGAAAAUUAGAAAAAGGAGGAAGGUGCCGUUAUCUGGAAGGGCUCUUCUAGCCCGGCAGGAAAAGCUCAGCACCCAUUGCAAACGUGUCGGGGAAGUGCUGCAGAACCACAGCCAAGGUCACCUCGUCCCAGCCAGGAAAACACCAGCAGAUAUUUUCUGCUUGUUGCAAGAUGAUCUUCUUGGCCAGAAAGCCACUUCUGCUCCACUGGGUUUAGAGGCAGUUCUGUGAGACUCAGCAACCAGCCUGUGCCAACAGCUAGGGUGGGUGCAAGGGUAAGAGGAUAGCUGUAAGCCAUGUGAAAAAUCACCACUGAUGGAGUCCAGCUGCGUCAAGUUGCUCAGGUGCUUUACCUUUGUGCAAGGCAAGAGGACAGACAGUUGUAAGCCAUGUGAAAAAUCACCACUGAUGUGGUCCAGCUGCGUCAAGUUGCUCAGCUCUGCUCCUGCAUGCCUCUGCUCCUACAGUUGUAAAACAAAGUUCAACCUAAGCCUGCCUGCUGGACUUGGAUUUCACCGUUCUGCUAAGAGCUCGGACCUGGACUGGGACGACCUUUGGGAUCAGUUUGAAGAGCGGAGGUACCUGAGUGCCCGGAGGUGGAAGGGCGGCGAGGACCCUUACCGGCUCCAUGCCUUCAACCAGCGGGAGAGCGAGCGGAUUCCCAGUGACCGCGCCGUCCGCGACACUCGCCACCACAGGUGUACAACUUUGCACUACCGCCAGGACCUCCCACCAACCAGUGUCAUCAUCACCUUCCACAACGAGGCCAGGUCAGCCUUGCUCAGGACCAUUCGGAGCGUGCUGAACCGUACCCCAGUGCACCUUGUCCGUGAAAUCAUACUAGUGGAUGACUUCAGUGACGACCCUGAUGACUGCCGUUUGCUGGGCAAGCUCCCCAAGGUGAAGUGCUUGCGGAAUGGACGGCGAGAAGGUCUGAUCCGGUCCCGCAUCCGAGGGGCAGAUGUGGCACAAGCAGGAGUCCUGACCUUCCUGGACAGCCACUGCGAGGUGAAUAAGGACUGGCUGCUCCCUCUGCUGCAGAGGAUCAAAGAGGAUCCUACUCGAGUGGUCAGUCCCAUUAUUGACAUCAUCAAUUUGGACACUUUUGCCUAUGUGGCAGCUUCAUCAGACCUCAGAGGAGGUUUUGACUGGAGUCUGCAUUUCAAGUGGGAGCAGCUUUCCCCAGAGCAGAAAGUGAAGCGGCUGGAUCCCACCGAACCUAUUAAGACUCCCAUCAUUGCUGGGGGGCUGUUUGUGAUCGACAAAGCCUGGUUCAACCACCUGGGGAAGUACGACAGCGCCAUGGACAUCUGGGGUGGGGAGAACUUUGAGAUCUCCUUCCGUGUGUGGAUGUGUGGAGGGAGCCUGGAAAUCAUCCCCUGCAGCCGCGUUGGACACGUCUUCCGCAAGAAGCAUCCCUACGUCUUCCCAGAGGGAAAUGCCAACACGUACAUUAAAAACACCAAGCGCACGGCGGAGGUGUGGAUGGAUGAAUUCAAGCAGUACUACUAUGCGGCUCGUCCCGCGGCCCAAGGGAGGCCUUAUGGCAACAUCCAGAGCAGAGUGGAGCUGCGGAAGAGGUUGAAAUGCCACAGCUUCAAGUGGUACCUGGAGAACGUUUACCCUGAACUUCGGAUUCCCGAGGAAUCUCUCUACCAGACUGGGAUGAUCAGGCAAAGGCAGAGCUGCCUGGAGUCACACAAAUCUGAAGGCCAAGAGUUCCCCAUCCUGAGCUUAAGUCCUUGCAGCAGCAGCAAAGGCACGGCAGCAACAGCACAGGAAUGGACAUACACAUACAACCACCAAGUGCGCCAGCAGCAGCUGUGCUUGUCUGUGUACACCCUGUUCCCCGGGUCCCAGGUGCUGCUGUCACCUUGCAGAGAAGGUGACAACAAGCAGCGAUGGGGUAAAGUUGGGUCCCACAUUGAGCACAUAGCUUCACGCUUCUGCUUGGACACUGAGACAGUUGGGGACACGAAUGAGAGUACCAAAGAGCUUGUCAUCAACCCCUGUGAGAGCACAGCCAUGAGUCAGCGCUGGGACAUGGUGAUGUCGUGACCCCCUGGAGGACUGGCACUGUGGGACGGGCACUGAGAUGUUGCUACCUGCAGCCAAGACGCACCAGAUGGAGCUCCAAUGCCAAACCACUGGGAGUCGUUGUGUACUGUGGGACAGGAGAGGAGUCGUUUGAAUAAAAUUAAGGACCUGGUGCUCCAGGUGGAACAAUGGAUGUUGCCUGCAAGAUGUGCAGCUGGUAUGGAGCUGUUGGUGGUCAGACGUUCAAAGUGAAGAGAUGGCAAAAAGCCUCCAACUGGAAGUGUUCUAGAGGGAUACCAGGGCUCCUGUGAUGGGCUCUGCAGAAGUUCAGUGUGCACAGCAUUGAUUAGUCUCUCUGGAAACAUAGGUAGAAGAGCCUUGGAGAAUAAAAGGAGGCUUGGACUCAGCAAAACAAUCUUUUGAGAGGUGAGGCAGGUACUCAAGGAGGGAUGGCCAAAGAGAUGCUAAGAAACAUCGCCUGGGGUCGAGUGGAAAGCACUGAAUUGUCUUUGCACUUUUCAUUGCUGUAGAUGAGUUUGUCUUCUGCAGGCAGCACGAGUGGAGCCCUGUGCACAUUUGAGUUUGGAUCUGACCCACCUAAACCUUGUGUAUACAGAAGCAGGGCAGGCACUUAGGGCUGUGGCCAGGAUCAAACCUGCACGUCCUGGGUGAACCCAGCUCUGUGCUAACUGCACGUGGGGUGUGUUGGAUAUCUAAAGCCCAAGCAAACAGAGAAUUCAGUGUGUGGGAUGAAAGGAUAUAAAGUGCUGUGAAGCCAGAAGCAAAGGCAGUAACAUGAUUGUUUUUCUUCUCUGAAGGCCAUGGGGUGAGCCUCAGACACUGCAAAGUCCUCUAUAAUCCCACUAUGUGUCUCUCACUGCUUCAGAAAUGGAAUAAGUCAAAUUUUCACUUUUCUUCCAUAAAAGUAAUAUUUUUGGUAACUGAAGGUAAUUGUGUCAUAUUUCUGGUGCCCAGGUUCCCAGCUGCAGAAGUAGAGGGGACUCCCAUGAAGUGCUCUUACUAAAGGAGCUGAAGAGGGGAUUAAAACCAGAAACUGCUCUGAGGAAGUGAACAUGCUGUGACCUGGGUUUGCUUCCCAAAGGUACCUCAAAGGUAGCUCAAUAUGUGAAGAACUGAAGAUGAGAUUUGGGAUUCCCUCUGUCAGGAAACUCUGGGUCACAAAGUACUUCUCCCAAAGUCAUUUAGCUUAAUGGCAGAAAUUAUUUCUUCAGCUUUUGAAGAGAGGUCAUGAAGAGAACCAGAGGUCGUGCCAGGUGCUAGCACUAUGUGGGAGUGAGGUGUCUGCCAAAGGAAGAUAGAGCAGAAGACCUCACAGAAAAGAGCUCUUGUGAAUAGAGUAUUAACAUUCUACAGGUAGUGCACCAUUGCACAGAAUGGUUUAGGUUGGAAGAGACCUUGAGAGAUCAUCUACUCCAACCUUCUUGCCAUGGUCAGGGACACCUCUCAACAAGACUUGGUUGCCUAAGGCCUCAUCCAACCUGGCUUUGAACACCUCCAGGAGAGAGAGCAUCCACAACCACUCUGGGCAACCUAUUCCAGAGUCUCACCCCUCAUACUGAAGAACUUCUCCCUAAGAUCCAGGGUAAACUUACUCUUCCUCAGCUUCAAAGCAUUCCCCCUUGUCCUGUUGCUGGACACCCUUAUGAAAAGUCCUUCUGCAGCCUUCCUAUAGGAUCCCUUCAGGAACUGGAAGGCAGCUCUAAGGUCUCCCUGGAGUCUUCUCUCCUGCAGGCUGAGCAACCUCAGCUGCCACAGCCUAUCCUCACAGCAGAGUUGCUCCAGCCCUUGUGGCCUUCUCUGGACUCACUCCAAGAGGUCUCUGUCCUUCUCAUGAUGAGGACACCAGACCUGGAUACAGCACAAUUUGAUGUCUCCAUUUUGCUUUCUCCCUGAGGAGUGCCAUGGGAGAGGAGUUUGUUUACCACAGAUGUAUGAACUGGAAGUUUAUUAGUCUAAGACAUGAUCAUAUAAAGACAUUGCAGGACCUGCACACUGCUCAGUUUUACUUAGGACAGGAAAAGGAUGAAUAGAUCAAGUUUUGUAGCACUAAAGCUGAACACAUCCAUAACCCCCUGUUUCAUUAAAUACUCAAAUCACAGCAGUCUUGUGAAGACGUCACACUUCAUUUUAGGAAGGUCCUUUCCAGCCUGCCUUUCAGUGGAGCUCCCUCUACAGCAGCAGGUAACAGGCAGCAGCUUGCCAGGAGGGCUGUGCACACAGCUCUGGUGUAGUAAGAGCUCUCAAAGAGAACUUUUGCAGCACUGUCAACGUCGCUUGAAGGGGGGAAAUGCAAUUUAAGUCUGUAAAAAUGCUUGGGUUUAAUGGAAAUCCUACCAUUUGUUUUCUGUGCUGAAAACUAAAAGUAAAAUACCAUAAGCUCUGAGCCUUCAA